CAUGGCGGGUGCUAAGGAGGGGGAGGGGGCCGGCUGUUUUUCUGGAGAGUUAGAGCUGGAGUGAGACAAAGCAAGGCCGGCAGGCUGGGCUGGCGGGCGCCAUGGAGCUGCGGUCCCAAGUCCUGCUCUGGAAACUUGUGCUCCUGCAGAGCUCUGUGGUCCUUCUGUCUUCAGGGCCAUCUGGGUCCUCGACAGCGGGCAGCUCCGUGGUGUCCGAGUCCGCAGUGAGCUGGGCAGCUGGCGCCCGGGCCCUGCUGCGCUGCCAGAGCCCGCGCAUGGUAUGGACCCAAGACCGGCUGCACGACCGCCAGCGCGUGGUGCACUGGGACCUCAGCGGCGGCCCCGCCGGCGGCCCCGCACGUCGACUUGUGGACAUGUACUCGGCGGGCGAGCAGCGCGUGUACGAGCCGCGCGACCGCGGCCGCCUCCUGCUGUCGCCCUCCGCCUUCCACGACGGCAACUUCUCGCUGAUCAUCCGCGCGGUCGGGGAGACAGACGAGGGGCUGUACACCUGUAACCUGCACCACCAUUACUGCCACCUCUAUGAAACCCUGGCCAUCCGCCUGGAGGUCACUGACAACCCCCGGGUCGCCGGCGCGCACUGGGACGGCGAGAAGGAGGUGCUGGUGGUGGAGCGCGGCGCGCCCGCGCUGCUGACUUGUGUGAACCGCGCUCACGUGUGGACCGACCGGCACCUGGAGGAGGCGCAGCAGGUGGUGCAUUGGGACCGGCAGCCGCCCGGGGUCCCGCACGACCGCGCCGACCGCUUGCUCGACCUGUACGCGUCGGGCGAGCGUCGCGCCUACGGGCCACCCUUCUUGCGCGACCGCGUGGCGGUGGAGGCGGACGCUUUUGCGCGCGGCGACUUCUCGCUGCGCAUCGACCAGCUGGAGCCGGCCGACGAGGGCACCUAUUCCUGCCACCUGCAUCACCACUACUGCGGCCUGCACGAGCGUCGCGUCUUCCACCUGAAAGUCACUGAGCCGGCCCCCGAGCCGCCCCCGCGGGACUCCCCAGGCAACGGCUCCAGCCACAGCAGCGCCCCCGCCCCAGACCCCACGCUAGCACGUGGCCGCAGCGUCAUCAACGUCAUAGUCCCGGAGAGUCGAGCUCACUUCUUCCAGCAGCUGGGCUACGUGCUGGCUACCCUGCUGCUCUUCAUCCUGCUGCUCAUCACGGUCAUCCUGGCCACCCGGCAGCGCCGCCGUGGAGGUUACGAAUACUCAGACAAGAAGUCGGGGAAAUCAAAGGGGAAGGACGUGAACAUGGCAGAGUUUGCUGUGGUCACAGGGGACCAGGCUUUUUACAGGAGUGAGGAUAUCCAACUAGAUUACAAAAACAACAUCCUGAAGGAAAGGGCUGAGCUGGCUCACAGCCCUCUGCCGGCUAAGAACAUCGACUUGGACAGAGAGUUCAGGAAGGAGUACUGCAAAUAAAGUGAUUGGGGCUCCUGGCUGGCUGGCAGCUCCUGGCCAGCAGCACAUCCUCCUGACUGACCAUCAUGCAGCUCACCUGGCCCCCCUUUUGGCGGCUGGUCCCGCCCAUCCUGGAACUUUGGCCUGAUCAGGUGCAGAGCAAGGUUGCCUCCAGACAUCUCUCUAGGGAGCCACCCUCAUCCUCCAAGCUACAGUGGGCUCCUGGGACUCUGCCAAGCAUUGGGGCUGCACCGGCUGUGCAGGCACUCCCUGCUGGCCCUGUCUCCCCCUCUCCCCCCACACAACCUAGCCCUCAGGCUCUGCAGGCUUCUGCCCUAUGGGAGAGCCCCGCCUCUGCAGGGGCAGGCCAGGAGACACUCUAGGAGUGGGGAUCAGCCUCAGGGCUGGCACGCCUCCCUUCUUCUCCCCUUCUUGUGGGGAGCUGUCCUCCCCAGCCAGGCUGCCAUCAGCUCUGCAUGGGGACCUGAGGACUGCACACCCCCAGCCCUCGGUGCUGUGUCCGGCCACCUGGGGCUACCCUGGGGCCCUUUCUCUGCUUCCCAGCCUGCUCUAGCCUCCUUUCCUAAAAGCUGUCUUGACAGUCACUGGGCUCCUUGUGACUUUUGGCCCCUCCCUGGGCUGGAGUCUGGGGCUGCGUCAUUUUUUGGCUUCUGUUUUAUCUGAGGAUGGGGGAGGGCUGAUAAUGGUUCUCAAGUGGCCUGUGUGGCCACUGCCAACACCCCCAUUUACUCCUCCUGGUAACUUACUGCCUUCACAAUAAAGACCAUACCUGGUUUUUAGACUUG